GUAAGCACUGUACAGUGACUAAAUAUUGACGUUUCUGUCGAGAGUUUAGAAAAAUGAAAACAGCCGCUAUUUUUGUUCUUAUUAUCACUGUUUUACCACUAUAUUUGAUCAUUUAUAUAGCUAUAAAUGUCAACAAGACAUCAAUUUCAGGAAAUGAGGUGCUUGAAUACACUGAAGUAACUUUAAUCACGUCUACAGUGUUCUCAAAAUUGUCAGAUACACCAAAACACGGAAACACAAACAAAACGAUGACAACAAAACUAUCAAAUGCACAGACAAGAGAAACUGGAAACCUAACGUCUUACUUGGAUAGUGUGGAAAUACAAUCUUCAAGUACAAUGCAACAAGAAAAUGAUGACAACAUGACGGCAGCAAUGGACAUGUUAACAACUGAAGUUCCAGACACAACGGAUUUGGAAAUGAGUCUGUUUACAAAUAAAUUAGCAACCACUACGAAUCCAAACAAAUCAACAACACAAUUAGUUGAAGAAAGGAAAAUGGAAACCACUACAAUCAUCAGUUCAACCGGAACGACAAAGGCUCAACCAAUAGCGAAUUAUUUUUCUAGACUUGACUGGUAUCCAGACUACCCCAAUUUUAAAUGCACUGACUUGAUAAUAACGCCACUGAAGAAAAUUUAUAUCAGGCAAACGAACCUAUCAAAUUGUAAUAAAGGGAAUUGCAUAAUGAUUUUAAAAUCUCUUGCUGAAUCGUCACGUGACAAAUAUUACAAUUUCAUUAUUGGUGGUGAUGGUGCUAUCUAUGAGGGGAAGGGGUGGAAAUGUGUGGCAGAAAACAAAUAUAGUUUCUGGAGGCCAAAGACUAAUGAACUUGUUAUAGGUUUGACAGGAUACGAGAACUCACCAGAUAACAAAAUCACCACUGAACAGAAAAAUGGUUUGAUAAACUUCUUGAAUGAAUGUUCACAGUUAGGAACCCUGAAAAAAUUUGAUGAAAACUACAAUCUAAUAUCAUUUCACGACACCAAUACAAAAUGCUCGUGCAAGGGCCAAGAUGCACAGUCUGAUUUAUGUUUUCCUUGUGUUUUAAAAACAACUUAAAAUGAAUAAAACAACUAUGUUUUUAGUGUAUGUAUAUACUUUAAUCUUUGACAGUCAGUAAUAAUCAUACAAACUGAAUAAAUAAUUCUACCUCAGUGUCUUGUUUUAUAACUGUUUUGUUUUAUCCCGAAGAAAACUCAUCCACAACAGAACCAGGUUUGUGGAUGAGCAUGAAUCACAAUGUACUUGUAAAAAUUCAGGUCACAUACCAAUGACAGUAGAGGCCUCAUCAUGAGCCGGAUUUAGAGGAGAGAGAAUGAAUUUGAUGAUCUAUCCUACAAAAUACGUUUGAGGUAUGUUAUAUAGUCAUCUUUAAUAAAGAAAGGACCACUUGCUCCCAAUUUUGACUGCUGAAAUAAAGAAUUAUUAGUUUCAUUUCUUUAAACUCUCAAUGCAGUACUAAUAAUGUAAAAUUUUCUUUAGACUGCAGCGAUGCAAUGUUCAAACUAUAUGGCAACAUUAUAUUUGAAUAGGAAGUGAGUAAACACACUCACCAACGGGUAGCAUAUACAUUAACCUCCAGCUAGUGUGCUUACAUCCCCUUACUCUCUUUAUGUGUACUGUCUUACAAGUGUGUAACUACUGGAUUGAAUGUGAACUUUCAAUCUGACCUCAUUCUAUUAUAUGAGUGUUUGAGAGAGCUGAUCUGUAUUGGACUGCUUUUUUGAUUUUUUUAAAUUUGAGUUUGAUAUUUUCAAAGGUAUGGAAAACAAAUAAAGAAGGAAGUGACAAAGUAUUUUUUUAUCAACGGGUUACCUCC